AUGCUGGGGCUCGGGCGGGUAGCUGGGGCUCGGUUUAGUAUCGAGGGACAGGACAACCCACGUCUCCAGCCAUACACGUUCCAGCUCCCAUGUGCGAUGCAUCAUGCCGCCAGGGGUCUGAGCUCCGGGCCGAAUAGCAUGCGGCUCCCCAACUCUAAUCACAUCGCCUGUCGGUGUGCCUGGGAGCAGUCAGCAGUCAGCAGUGAGCACUACAUACGACGAGAUGCGACCAUUAUUGCCACGGGCACAGGCCGCCUGCACUCGACGGACGACCCUGGGCCGUGCACAGAACAUGGCAUGCUCGUGGAGUCAUCAUGGUACAGCCGUACAGUACAGGAGAUCAUGGAGCAGCCAUCCACUCACCAUGUAUACGGCAGCGGCGCAUAUACGCUCGCUCGAGGCCGUCUGACUGCAUGGCGUCCGCCCGGCGUCCAGGUGGCCAGGCCAGGCCAGGCUAGAAUAGGUGGCGCGGUGCUCCAACUGCACGCGAAAUGCACUCCACAAUAUUGCGGUAUUCAGAAGUGCGCGCCAUGCGCGGAGACCUCGUGA